CUCCAAAAAUAGUGAUAUUCAUAAUAUAAAUACACGGAAUAAACAUAAGUUAAUUGGUACAUCGCACCGGUUACCAGGGAACGGACGGUUAGGGUUAAUAACUGAAAUGUAUCUGUUAUUAACCUUUUCAUUUAUUGGUUAACAGAAACUAUCUGUUACGUAAUUAUUUCGGUUAACAGAAUCGACAAAUAUGUGAGUUUAUGAACACAGCCGUAAAUCGGAUAAUAGGAAUAAAUCUGUUAACCGAAUCAUUUCUGUUACUACUAAUCAGAAAAAUAAAGGUAUAUGUGCAUAAAGUUCAAAAUAAUUCAUCGACUGGUGGCGGUCGCGGCGUCGCAAUCACUCGCACGUACACACAAACAUGCCGCUCGCCGCACGCGCCGUGCAACUGUCUCUUUCAAGAAUUAACGCACUUCUAUGAUAGAAAGAAAUAGAUAUAGGAUAUCACCACCGCCCGCACAGCGACGCUUCGCAAGUUCGCAUUGUUUGUUUACCUACUUCAUGCAGUGCAUGAAGUAGGUAAGUGCAUGACAUGCACAAAGAUCACUGCGCCGGUAAUUGUCAUUCGGGUCGGUACGGAUUCAUUUGUAUUUAAUUGGAGUGACGUGAAUUUUUGAAGAUGCCUCGUAGAAUAUCUAACGCUGUGCAUAGAUAUUUUAAUUAUGACGAAAGUGCUAAAUUCAGCUCGUGCAAGGAAUGCGGAAAUAAAUUAAAAGUAAGUAACUCCUGCUUAUUUACGAGUUAGUUCGAACGGAUCCGCCUUCAUCUGAUCCUCCUGAAGGAUCAGUAUUAUUUAAUAUUACUUUUUAUUCCUAACCGAUCCCCCUUGAAGCAGGAUCAGAAUUAAAUAUUAAAAAUCGAUUCCUAACGGAUCCACCUACCAAUUACAAGUCAGAAACAAAAUGUAACUAUAUCUAAGUUUUUAUUUGUUGGUAGAUCACUAAAUUAAUUAUAAGUAGGUACCUAUAUUAAGGUACCUGUGAAAUAUAACAAUAUUGGCAAUUAAGGCUCUACCACUUAUAUUGCUAACUUAUUUUAAAUAAAUUGAUGAAAUAGUGACAUUACUGGAUAUGACCUUGAAACCUUGGUAACAUUUUUUUACCUGCGAAAUGUGGUGGCGCGGCACAACCAAUCAGCGACGAGUGUCCGAGGGCAUUUCUAGCAGUUAUUCAUAAUUAUAGUUGUGACAAUGCCACACAGCUCGUUAUCGAUAAAAGGAUGCCGCUCGGAUGCAUUAUUUCCUUAACGUUUCUCUUAAUUACCUGUUAUUGACUACCGACAAAUCCCUUAUUUAUUGUUGUCACACAACACUAGAAGUGCAAGCGAGAGUUCGGAUAUAUCUAUAAGUGGGAGCGAGAGAUCAGAUAAAAAUGGCUUAUGACUCGGUUCACAUGUUUGUAAUUUAGCUCAAUCAUAGUACUCCGAUUUACCCUGAGUGAGGGGUUAUCUCUGUGUAUAAUUGUGUAUUAGUGUCUUCACUUUGCUUUUUUGUAAAACAAUCGCCGAGAAAUAUAAUUUUAUAUAAAGUGUGUUAACUAGAUAAGUAGGUAAGUACUUUUUUACUAUCCUUGUAUGUGUAGAGGUGCAUGAAUGUCCUUCUUUUAUUUUUUCUUUAUUUAGUAUUCAUUAACAUGAAAUAAGUAACAAUUGCUUAUAUUAUAGUAAUUAGGCGGCCGUAUGGUGCCUAAUUACUAUAAUGUAAAUAGAAUUUCACAUAAGCGACCACUUCAUCUCCUAUUGCAAAAUAACUUUUCUCGAUACUGUAUAAUAAGCUUAAAAAAAAAAGAGAAAUUUUAGUUAUUUUUGAUAAGUUAGAUGUUAGCGUAGCAGACUUUUAAGAUAUAAGACUAUUGCACAGGAUGAAUUAAAUUACUAUAACUUUAUUGCUUUUAGAAUGUCACAAGAUAAUAGUCAGCCGUCGACUUCUGCCAACAACUCUGGAGAGUUAACAUUUAUAAAAAGGAAUGGUGGCAUAGUUUUGUUGAGAGCCGGUCACCAAUACUCCAAGAAGACAGAUUAUAAAAGUGGAUGUUCAACGUGGAGAUGCAUUAAUUGGCGCAAAAAAUGCCAAGGAUAUAUAAAUAUUAAGGAAAACAAGAUCAUAAAAGAAACAAAUCAUCAAUGCGAGCCCAAUGAAAUUAAUAAUGAAAUAGCUCUAAAGCUACAUGAAUGCCGAGAAAAAGUUGUAUCCUCAAAUUUUUCACCAGUAACCAAAAUUUAUAAUGACCUUGUGACAGAAUUUAACGAUUCAGGCAUGAAUCUCUUAAAAGCGCUUCCAACAUUCGAAAAUAUUAAAACCACAUUGUAUUACGCAAGAAAUAAAGAAGCUGGUGUUUCAAAAAUACAAUGUAAACAGCCCGAAGAAGUAACAAUACCAUUGCAGUUUAAAGAUUUUGUUUUAGCGGAUUACUAUGACGAGUCUACCAAUAUCAGAAUAAUUGUUUUUGGUCACUCUGAAGUUCUGAAAAACAUAAAAAAUGUAAAUUUUUUUUUGAGUGAUGGGACUUUCCAGAGCUGUCCAAAACCAUUUGUCCAACUUUAUACCAUCCAUGGUGAUCUUGGGAGCGAUGAAGAACAUACGCGAAUAGUACCUAUUAUGUACGCAUUACUUGACAGAAAAAGCGAAGAAGCCUAUACAAUUCUUUUUCGGGUAAUAAAAGACCAUAUCCCAGAAUGGAAACCAGUGAAAUACAUGACAGAUUUUGAAAAGGCAGCAAUGAACGCAAUAACAACAGUCUUCCCCUCAGUCGAAGUAAAAGGGUGUUAUUUUCAUUUUACCCAUAAUGUAUGGAAGAAAGCCAAAUCGUUAAAUUUAACUAAACAAAAGCGACUUCGUAGACAUGUGGCACUCUCUGCUUUACUACCAUUGCUACCGCGACAAUUUAUCUCAGACGGUUGGUGCUAUAUAAUGGAAGACGGUCCUGAUUCAAAAGAAAUACAAGAAUUCAACGACUACAUGGUGACACAGUGGUUAGAAGACGAAGCUUUUGUAGACAUUUGGUGUGCUCAUAAUCAACGCCACCGCACAACCAACGCUGUCGAAGCAUGGCACAAAAAACUGAAUAGUUGUCUUCCGAGUCAUCCCAACUUGUACCAAGUUUUGAAAGUGUUAAAAGACGAUGCAAAUUUACAAUGCAUCAAGAUUAAUCAGGUUAAUUUCGAUAUGCCAAAUUCAAAACGACGUUUACCCAAAGACGUUGCUGCAGACAAAUGGUAUGAACAUAUAACCAACCAACUUUUGGCAGAGCAAAUUACGGUUGGUCAUUGCUUGGAAAAAUUUAGAUUAUGAUUAGGUGCAGGUAGUACCUACUCUUAAUCUAAACUUAUCUGAACAUUUUCCAAUUUUUUAAUCACAUUUUAUUUUUCCGAUUUUUUUUUCUUGUU